GCGGCCUCCGGUGACAUUUUCCGUCGGUGGCGCGCAGGGCGGGGAGCGAGGCAGGCGGCGGCGGAGGAGGAGGAGACUUGGCCUCGGCCCCCCAUGUCCGAGCUGCUCCCCCGCGAGGGGGAGGCGAGGAGGAGCCGCGGUGCCGGCGGCUGUUGCACUGGUUGCUUUGCCGUUGAAAACCUAAUCUAGUUCUCCCAGUCCUCUAGACUCCAUGCUGUGAGACAAGGAGGAGCUUGGAACUCUGAAAUGAAGAUGGAGGCGGUGGGAAAAGUAGAAGAACUCAUUGACUCAGAAGUCUCAGCAAAACUCUCUGAAAAACAAGAGGCAGCUCCUGGUGAAGAUGGACCUGUAGAACUAGACACGUGUGCUCAGAAAGAUGGUGUGCCCAUUGUAGCAGAUUCUGUGGUGCUCUCCUCAAUGCCGUGCUUACUGAUGGAACUGAGACGGGACUCCUCGGAGUCUCAGUUGGCCUCUACAGAGAGUGAUAAACCAACGGGAGGCCAAAUUUAUGAGAGUGACUCGUCUAAUCACUGCAUGCUUUCCCCUUCUUCCAGUGGGCAUUUGGCUGAUUCAGAUACGCUGUCUUCCGCAGAAGAGAAUGAGUCCUGUCAGGUUGAAGCUCCUGUAGAGGGAGACCCUUCUGGAGUUUCUGGGGCUGCAGUUGGGAGAAAAUCCAGACGAUCCAGGUCUGAAAGUGAAACAUCAACUAUGGCUGCCAAGAAAAAUCGACAGUCUAGUGAUAAGCAGAAUGGACGAGUCACCAAGGUAAAAGGUCAUCGGAGCCAAAAGCACAAAGAAAGAAUCCGGUUAUUAAGACAGAAGCGGGAGGCAGCUGCUCGCAAGAAAUACAACCUGCUGCAGGACAGCAGUACCAGUGAUAGUGACCUGACCUGUGACUCAAGCACGAGUUCAUCAGAAGAUGAUGAAGAGGUUUCAGGGAGCAGCAAGACAAUCACUGCAGAGAUACCAGCUGGCUACAGUCGUGCUGGGGGAUCUGGAGGAGCGACCAGGGAAAUUCCAGGAUUGCUUGACAGGGGCACCGUGUGGGAUAGGAACUGCAUAGGCAAUGUCCUGGAAGAGGCCAUGAACUGCUUUGCCGAGAUGCAGAGGCAGACAGAGGAGAAAUUUCGCAUGUGGAUAGAAAAGCUAACCCGUCUUGAUACAGAUGAAGAAAGCAAGCAACAACUGGAGCCCAGGGAACCUAAAAUGCAACUAGUUGGCCAAAGAAUUCCCCCUACCACACAGUCAGGGGCAUAUAUGCAGAUGCCUGAUAGCCAAGUACUUCCACAGCAGUCCUUUAAUUCUUACGUGAGCUAUCAAAAUGUUGACACUACAUUAGAGUUUCCAGCGACUUUUAAUAACAAUUUUCCAGCUGUGUUUCCAGAGAAUGGGAAUAUUGCAGAGCAUGAUUUGAAUCAAUCAAAAACUUAGUUUUUAAAAUCUUGACAUUACCUUGAAUUGUGCUAAGAACAAAAUUUGCUUUUCUCCAUGCAAGUAUUUUUUUUUCUGUGAUGGGUUUUUAACAUUAUACUGUAAAUGUUUGUUUUAUUUAAAGAAAACUUAUGUGGUUUUUAAAAAACAAAGAAAAAUGCACACAUACACAAACACAUGCGAAACUCAAAACAAAAACCUCCUGUCACCAGCGUUUGGCAAGAUGUAAAUUAGAAUCCUUGUAACAUACCCUUGGAAUGGUAGAGCUAUAUUUGUUAUAGUAGAAGCAAUCAGUGUAUUCAUCCAUAUGUUCCUCUUGCAUGCCAAAAAGUUUAUAUAGGGAAAUACAAGUUUAAAUUUAAAGACGUAAAGAAUCUUAGUGAACCUGACUACAUAACAAUUAAUACAUACUUAAAUAUCCGUUUAUACCUAAAUUCUGCAGCUUAAACAUGUCUACAUAUUGACCUUCCUUCCUCCUCUUUUGGCAGAAGUCGUAAAUAAGCCUGCCCUAAAGCUUAGCUAUACAUACUGAAUGUGCUCAAUAAUAUUCAUGUCCCAUUUGGUAGUUAAUUUACUCACAAGAGCUUCUAUUAAUGACGUUGUCAUGUUGCAUAUGACAUUUAUAUUUAGGGGAAGCACCAGUUUUGUAUGUAUGCUUGCAUAUAUAUAUAAUUAUGUAUACACAUACACUUUUGUGUGUGUGCGAUAUAUGCACACAAAUAAAACAUUGAUUUCUUGUGUGUGUAUAUGUAUAUGGUCAAACUAUGUCUUUCAUACUGAAAUAAAAAGAGCAGUGUCAGUCCUGAGAUAAGCAAAGUUUGUAGGUAGAUUUGAGUCUUGGGCGAAGAACUUAAAACCGACUGUCUGACAUUCAGAUUGGUAAACACUGUGGUGGACUUAAUGCACUGUUUGCUUCUGGGUCUUAAAGCAAGAGCAUUUUCUGAGCCACCUCUCUGACUGCCGUUGAAAUGAUUACCUAUGAUUGGGAAUGCCAUAGCAUUAGUUUUGUUUAAAUAAUAUAACUCUACUGUGUGGGUUUUGUUUUAAUUGUUAUACUGAUAAUUAGUUAUUCUGAGUAAUCAGGCCUGAAAUUUUGAUGUUUAAAUUAGGAUGAAGCUAUAUAUUAUAGAAAUAACCUUCUCACCAUUGCCAGAAUACAUGUUUUUGUGUUGCCUUUACAGUUGGGCCUUCAUAAGAGAAUAAUUUCCCCUUUGUGACCAAAAGUAUACAUUUAUAUAGUUUAUUAUCCCUUAGUAUUGGUGAGAUGUUUCUAAUGCAAAUAAAGUCAAACCUUUUAAUUAUGGGAAUUAAGUUUCUACCUAGAUAUCUUUUAAGUAAAAAGAAUGGAACAGGUCUUUUGGGGCUCUUAGCAUUUCAGUUUUUUAAACCAUGGUGGCUUUAUGAAUUUUUAUUUAGAUCAUUUCAGUAAAACUUUUUCUUCCAGUUAAAAAUACCAUUGUGUAUUCUAUAGGCUUGAUACAAAGCCCGAUGAAGUCCGUGGGAAUCAAUCAAUUUAUGUAGCCUUUUGAUCAAGCCCUACAUUAAUAACUUUUUUUAAAAAUAAAAGUAACCAUGGAGUUUUUAAUAUUUUUCCUAUCCCAGCCAAUUUAACAAACUUGUCCUCAUCUGUUUAAAAGUUAAGCUCUUUCAGGGAAAAUUGAUUGCUGAUUUAAAAAAAAACUUUAGUAUUCAUAGAUUGUAUAUAUAUAAUAUAAACAUUUUUAGAAUUCUAGUAUGAGCAGCAUAUUUAAAGCAUGACAACUCUACAAUUUUCCCCAUGCAUAAAGAAGCUGCUUCCAGCAGUGAGUGGUUUCUUUUAUGUAUAACAGGGUCACUUAUUCAGUAUGUUAAGCAUGCUCUGAAACAUUACUUUUUUUUUUUUUAAAAAUGGAGCAAUUAGGCAUUUGAAAACAUGCCUUAAGAGUUGAGCAGAAUUUGUUCAUCUGUUAUACAGACUUUUAUAGACUGAUUAGAACUCUCUCGUAACUGGAUAAUAACUUUGCAAUGGUUGUAGUCAAUUAAAUUUCUCUCUAACGUCUGUGCCUUGUGUAAGUCAUAGGAACCUUGAAAGAAAAAUCUUCGCAUUCAAGCUGGAUGGGAUUUUUUUUUAAUUGAAACUCGCCUUUGAAAUUUAAGUGUUAAUAAACAGCAUUCCUAGCUUUGGUUACUACCUGCAACAACAAAAAUAUGCUUUCUGCUUCAAAAAACCUUUUCACCACCAACAUGUUACUUGAUUUUUACCUUGUAAAUUACUGUGAAUGUUAACAAAUCAGAAAAUAAUAGUGGUGGAACAUACAUAUUUUGAUGCAUAUGGGAUGAUGCUUUUUAAGAUGGUGCCCUUUUUAGGGUAGCUUAGUUCAAAGGCAGCCAGUUGAUUGUUAGGAAAAUGUUUCAGAUUAAAGAUGUAGAAUUUAACAGUAUUUCCACAUGUGAACUACACAAUAUUUAAAAUAUCUGGAAUGUGUAAAUGGUUUUAGUUUGUUCAGUUGCUCUAUCUGCCUCCAAAACAUAUUGAGUCAGAUCUUCAACUGGCAUAAGUCAGUAUCGCUUCCUUGAACUCAAAUCCAAUGUCAUUUUAUACAAGCUGAGGAUCUGGCCUAUUAACUUGUGUUCUGGUUUCAAGAAUUAUAUUCCUUCUGUGGGGGAUGGGGGGGAUCUCCCCUGGCAUCGUUUUGGUAUAAAUGAUAUUUGAGUCAAAGAAUGGUCUGUUUUUAUGCUCCUGGAAAAUAUGCAAUCAUUUUGGUUGUACAGUUAAACAAAAGUAUCUAUUUUGCUGCUUUAGAUUAUGAAUUAAAAAGAUGUGAUGUGCUACAGGAAAACUGACCUUUUCACAUUGACAUUAGUGUUGAGUUUGUAUUUGAAUUGUUUAUGCCAGCACUUGACAUGUUGUUUUAACUCAAUGGAGUUCUGGAUUUUGGUUGCAUUAUACAGUUUGAAAGUAUUUCUGAAAAACUGGAAGUAUUUUUAUUUCAUGGUGGUAUACGCAUACAGAUGCAGUUAAGGCUGUCAUGGUUUCUGCUGUAAGCUCCUAUUUUCAAAGAUUUUGACUUGAAAUUAAUAUUUUCAGGGAAUUAAAAUGUGCUCUGAGCUGAAAUUUUAGUAUAUAAGGUCUGGCCCCCACCUUGACGUCUUGCUAAUAAAAUAGUCUGGCCUUUUUUUUAUUUUAAGAGUAUGAGCCUUGCCUUUAAAAAUGAAAUUUAAUUAACUGUUGUGUUUAAAUACACUUUUGUGGGAGAGUCCAAUGGGAAUUCUGCAUAUGUUGGGGGAACAGCAUAUUGGAGUGUAGCUUGCCUUUGAUUGCCCUAUGGUUUUUGUUUCUUUACUCCAUUCUGAAGCAUUCUGGUUUCUUAAGAAAAUAUUACUCAGUCUUACAGAAUCCUGUGAAAGAAUAAAUAGGUUAGGACAGAUUGGUAUAAACUGGCAUAGCUCCACUGAAGGCGGUGCCUAUUCAAAACCAGAUGAGGAACUGGCCAUUUAAAUUUUAUAUGCUCAUUUAUGCAAAAUCUUGAAUGAAAAAGGCGCCUAAAAUACUUAUGCAUGUGAAUAAUGAAAGUACACAUACAGCUGGAAAUUCAGGAACUAGGAAUUGGUGCUUCUGUGCACUUGAAAUACGUUUACUUCAUUUAUGAUUUUUGUAACAAACUGCAAAUGAAACUUAAAUCUUUGUACGCUCACUUAAUUUAAAUGGCACUGAGGAUGUGUGUCAAGCUGAUGAAUCAGGAAAUUCAAAAUUCAGAUACUGGAAUUGGUUUAUGUGUAGAACUCCUUUGAAAUCUCAGAGGAUUUGGAGUUUAGUUGAUUGCAGGCUCAAGUUUUCCUGUAGUUCCUUAUGGAGGCUUGGAGCCACUUCUCUCCCCUGCAAAUGGGGUAAGUGAAGAAGGAUGUGUUGGCUGUAAUUAUGCAUUUCCUGUCUUUUACUAGUUGGUUACGCAAGUCUUUUAUUUAAAUAAAGAGUUUGUUUUACUUAGCAUACAAAUGAUAGUUUGACACUGGUUUAAUGUUUUAUAAAUUAUAUAUUGUUUACAUUAGAGUCCUAUUUUAAAAAGUUUAUAACUUUAAAAUAUUUUAGAUUUUUUUUUAAAAUAGUACACAGCAAAACAAAGUGUAAUAAACUGUAACAUAACACAUUACCGUGAAGUCCAGAGUUAUAGAACAUAACAGUUGUCCCUAGGACUGAAGGAAAAGUAUUUUUAAAGCAAGGUAACCUAAUAUUCUUCAAUCUCUAAUUUAGCUCUAAACAUUUUACUCUGGGCUGAAAUUUGUCAUACAUAGACUUCACCUGAGGGCAAUUUUUUUAAACGCCUGGCUAAAAAGUUAAUUUUAAUACACUGAUAACUUUAUGCUAUUAGAUUUUAUUCUUAUCUCUCCAAAGUAUCAUUUGAUUUCAGAAGUCACAUUUGACAAAGGGUUAAUUUGGCUAAGCACUAAAAUCUGACAUGUGGCCAUGGUUGCUGUAAAUGCACAAAAACUAAAUUUAAAUACAAAACCAAUUAAAUGGCUAUGCAUUUUUAACAUGCAUCCUUUGGCCUCAAUCCUGCAGAUCUGAUAUGUGUGAACAGACUCUUACCUCCAUAUAGAGUCCCAGUUAAAUCAAUAGGUCUCUCAACGGGUGAAGGGUCUACCCUCUUUGUUCUGUUUAUACACAGCAAGAGCUCCAAAGGAGGCAUCUUGAUAUACUGGUGAUAGGCACAUUUAAAAAAUAGUUGACAUGCCCAAUGAUACUGCCGGGAGAGCUCUUAUGAUUUCAUGUGAUGCAUUGAAUUCUGAUACUUUUGCAUUGCUCUAAUUGAAGUUAGUAGAAGUCCAUACAUACAUCCAAGGCCUGAAUCUGCCUCUUUGUUCAUAAAGUACCAGUAAACUUUCUUAAACAUACGUUUACAUGAGCUGAAUGCCUUUGGAAGAGUUCUAGUAUUUUAAUUAAUAGAUAUUUUAUUAGAGACAUCAUCAGCUUGAAAACUAGUCAUUUUAAAAGAGACAGUUUUCCCUGUUUGUGUAGUCACAAAGCAACGUGAAUUUUUUUGUUAAAAUAAAUAGGAAAAUGUGUUACUAAACCUACAAAACUCUCAGAAGGACUCUGGCCCGGUGCAAUACCAGAAACUGACUGGCUAUUGGGACUCUGCAGGUGAAAGCAUGAAACUGUGAAUCUGACAGCACUUUUUGUGUAGUCAAAGUAAAGAAAUCGAUGUCUGGUCUACACUAGAAAAUUAGUAGAGGGGUAGCCAUGUUGAUCUGUAAAAAGCAAGAGA